UCCUAUAAGGGGCUGUACUAGAUAUUUGACAUGAAGUAACAAAUGUGCUGUUAUUUUCGCUAUUUCAAUAAAAUAUUCAACCGUAUUUAUUCAGAAUAGACAAUCGGUGUUUGUACCUCCAAUUGGUGUAAUCGUGAUUUUCAAAUUAUGCCUCAAAGUUCAAUUAAAACUCAAUAGAAUUUAAAAGCAGCGAAAUCUAAGGAAAAAAAAAAAGAAAGACGAGAAGCUUAAAAAAAAAAGCAGCAAGUGUGAUUCGGUGAAAGAGAUCACAGCGUGUGUGCCAGACAGGUUGAAAUCUUCAUAGAUCGUGCCAUUCCAUAUACAGUUAUUAUUAAUAUUAAAAAUAAUAACAGAAACAACAAGACAACAAGAACAAAGAUUGCUCACAUCGGUCGUAAUAAAACCGAAAAAUAGGAAAACAUAUAUGAAAACAAUCUUAAAGAAGGAUUUCAUGAAAUAUAAAGCCACGACGAUUAGGAUAAUGAAUAAUUAAUCAUUAACAAUCCAAGAUAAUUUGUACAAAAGCGAAUAUAUGAAAAUUGAAAGCACUCGUAGAAAUCACGUGAUUUGAAUUGAUAUUAACGCAUAAAUUUAAAAAGGAUAUCACAGUAAAUUUUUCACCACCAGAAUAAAUUGUUUCUUUUUUCUAUUGAUGCUAAAAACUAGACUUAGAAACUAGAAAAGCAAAACGAAAACAGAAAGAAACUAGAAAUCCAAAAUAAAAAAUAAUAAUCAUUCGAUAUUAGAUGUGUAGUGUAUUAUAGUGAUUCGAUUUUGAAUUGAAAAGAGAAUAUCGAAUUGACUGAAUGUCUUUUAUACGUGACUAUUUAACAUUUAAUAUAAAAAGAAAACGAUUCAUUAAGUCAAAAGAAAGCUGAAUUGUGAUGUCAUUUUGUACAACUAAUUAUUUUGUCUAACUCCAUUGUAUUACUAAUAUUAUUGUAAUUAUUUUUUUUGUACACAUCGUAUUAGAUGAUAUGUUCGAGAAAUUAAUUUCUUUAUUUAUUACAACAUAGAUUAGAAUUGCGAAUCAAUGAUGAACUUAAACUCCAAAUAGUAGAGAGAGAGGAACAAAAAAAAAAAAAAAAUAUAUAGAUAUAUAUUUAUUUAAAAUGACUUAGAAAAACUUUUUUACGAAUACAAAUAAUAUAAUAAUAGGUAACACAGAAAUUUUGUUUUUCUUUGAAUUUUAUUUUUCAAAACGUUGAUCCAAACGUCUUUCUCAAACUCUGUCAAUCAGAACACAAAAAUUCAUAAUACUUUUAAACGGUAAAAAUGGCACGAAAAACUGACAAUGUUAGAGGCAUCAACGUAGCAGUCGUUGGGCUGUCGGGGACUGAAAAAGAUAAGGGACAACUCGGAGUUGGAAAAUCUUGCUUGUGUAACAGAUUUAUGAGAUCACUCAGCGAUGACUACAGCGUUGAUCACAUAUCAGUAUUGUCACAGUCAGACUUCAGCGGGCGAGUUGUCAACAAUGAUCAUUUCCUCUACUGGGGUGAAGUUGUCAAGUCCUCCGAAGAUGGGACUGAUUUUCAGUUCCAAGUUAUCGAGCACACAGAGUUCAUAGACGAUGCAUCAUUCCAGCCAUUCAAAGGUGGUAAAAUGGAACCUUACGCCAAAAGAUGUGCAGCUACAAAGAUAACGAGUGCGGAGAAGCUCAUGUAUAUUUGCAAAAAUCAAUUGGGCAUAGAGAAGGAGUACGAGCAAAAAGUGCUACCCGAUGGGAAGCUCAAUAUCGAUGGUUUCAUUUGCGUGUUCGACGUCAGCGUUGUGCCCCACAGAUCUAUAGAAAAGCAGGUAGAACUUGUUGCAAAUAUCCUGAACAAUCUGGUGAAAACGAAGAAGCCAGUUGUGUUGGUGACCACUAAGAACGACGAUGCCAAUGAACAGUAUGUCAAAGAAGCGGAGAAGUUGGUCACAAGAAAAGAAUACAAAGGAGGAAUUUUGAUUGUCGAGACAUCGGCACACGAAAACAUCAAUAUUGAGUUGGCGUUUAUGAUACUCGCCCAGCUCAUAGAUAAGACAAAGAUGCGCAGCAAAGUGGUUCCUUUUGCGGAGGCUGCAAGGGCGAGGAAGGAGUUACUCGACGCAUCCACAGAGUCUUUGCAACGACUUAUUCGGAUACAUAUUACGGAUUAUCGCGCACUCUGGUCACAAUCCUCUAAGAAACUUUCACAACACAAAGAAUUCGUCACUUUUGUACAACUGUUCGGAAUCGAUGCUACACAGAGGCUUUUCAGGCGGCAUAUUAAAAAGUUAAAAGACGAACAGAUGGCAAAGAAAAUUCAAGGCUACUUGGACAUGCUUCCCGACGUGCUCCACGAAAUCUGUCCAGAUAUUUCCAACUUGAUAAACGAGGAAUGGUCGACCAUACAGCAGCUCAUUAAAGAUCAUCCAGAUUUUCAUCAGUAUUUCUACGAGUGCCCGGAAGAUAUUCCUUGGAUAGACUAUGACUUUGGUGAGAAUAAUGGCUCGAAAAUCCCCUACGACGUUCUCGAGACACCGGAGGCUGAGACCGUGUUUAAAAAUCACGUAAACGCCUUGCAGCAGGAGCAGAGGCGCUUGGAACUUCCAAAAAGAUGGAAGAAGCAGUUCAAACAAUUGCUCGAAGAAACCGGGUAUGUCACGCCCGGAAAACACUUGUCCGAAGUCAGGGUUCUAUUUAUGGGUAGAGAGUGUUUUGAGGCUUUAUCACACGUUGAUUGUCAGGAAAUUUACGAUCAACAUCAGAAGGAAAUCAUCGAGAAGGCGAAACACAAUUUUCAGGAAUUACUUCUCGAGCACGCAGACCUGUUUUAUCAUUUCAAAAGCAUAGCUCCAUCGGGAACUAUUACUCAGGACGAUAUAAAGGAAAUAACUGACGCUCUAGUCGAUGAUUUUAGGUAUAAGGCUUUGGAUAGGCUGGAUCAGGACAGAAAAUUGAUGUUAUUUCAACACCUAGGUUUCGUCCACUGUCCGAUCAGAGAGCAUUGUCCGGCGUUCCCGAAUUGCAUGGACGCUCUGAUCGAACGUAUUCUAGGGACUAAAGCUCACAGACCGUCAUCUUGGAACCACAGCAGUCAAUGGCAGCUAACGUCUGACAAUAAUCAAUUAAACUUAGUGAUACUCGGAAGUAACGGACUUGGUGAGGAAUUCGCGUGCGAGAUAAAAGCACAGACCGAAGAUGACGAGGUUGAAAUAGACCUUCAGAUAUACACUCUGGGGUAUCGAGUGAUCGAAGGGGACGUCGGACUUCCUCAUAAUUCUUUCACCACCUCAGACUUCAUGCCUCACGGCUCCUUUUGCAUUUACGCGAACGAGGAGUCUUUCGAGUACAUACGUUCCUCGCUCGAAAAAACGUUACUCUCAAACUUGGAGCAGGAGGAUAGACUGCCCUUUCAAGGGCUUCCUAUCGUCAUAAUGUUCGUUGCCGAUGCCUGUAUCGACGAAAUGGAAGCUUUGAGACUUCGCGAGGAAGGACAAAACCUCGCGGACAGUUUGCAAUGUCCGUUCAUCGAUGUAUGCGUCGAAGAAUUGGAACAGAACAAAAGAUUUCCAAGCGCAUUGGUGAAAGACGCGCUUCAGCAGCUGAUACAAUCUAUAAAUCACAGAGCAGGUUUUCUGAACAUCUAUCAAAGCGUUAUAGAGUGCUUGGAGCCUGACAUAAGGAUAAUAAUGUGCAUGUUUUGCGGGGAUCCCUACUCCGUGGAAAACGUUCUCGGACCUCUGCUGAGUCAUCAGUGUUGCUUUUUGAGCGGCGAUCGGUCCAUCGUUCUGGAAACAUUCUUGGGUGAAUCGAAACGACGCGUCGCGGUGAUAAUAUCCAGUUUUCACGGCGCGAACGCGUUCAGAGACGAACUCGUUCAUGGUUUCAUUCUGGUUUACUCGACGAAGAGGAAAGCGUCCCUGGCCACGCUGAACGCUUUUUCGAUGAACAUUCCCAAUCUGCCGAUUCAAAUAAUGGCCGUUACGGACACCGGCGGUGCGAACGCGUUCUUCAAUUCCGAUCUCAGUCAUUUAUUGAUCACCGAGGGAAACGCCAUCGCCGAUAGAUUGCAAGCACAUUUUAUGACAUCCGCUUCGAGUUGUCAACAAAAAACCGCAUUCUACACCCCGUUUUUCAAAGAGGUUUGGGAAAAGAAACCGGAAAUCGAACAAGCCUUCCAUAUGGAGGAACCCGGCAAUCUGAACGACAGCGGUGAAGGAACUUUGGAAUACUCGGCACUCCAUCCGAUGCCUCCGCCGAGACACGAGAGUUACCAUCUCCAAACCCCCGACGAUGGUAUGUCUGUUACGUUUAGGAGCGGUUCGGAAUCCUACGAGCAGUUAACGCCGGACGGAGAGCUCGGUGAGUCCGUGCUAAACGAACAGUUUCACGACAAUCGAGCGACGCCGAGCGACGAUAGCGAUAUUUACAGCCACGUUGAUUAUCACCGUGAAGAAAGAGAGCGGGAAAGGGAGUUGCUGAAGAGCGGAGACUUGACCAGCAAAUUACCUGGAUGGGUGAAAGAUACGUUUAUGCACCAAGACGGAGGAAUAAAUAGGUACUCGCAUCGAGCCUUCACGACCGGACGUCGUCAUAUAUCCCAGACGAAGCCGCGUCCGAAGGGAAACAGUCAGACGUUGAAACAACCUGGGAAAAUAAAUUUGAAAGAUUUUUCCAACGUGACAGACGUCAUAGCGAGGAUGACGAUAGGUGAAAAAGAUGAACAUGGCUCAAAGAUUAAUUUGGGCCACGCGCCGUUAGCUACGCCUGAAUUAGUUGAUCUCGGUUCAGAAUACGCACAAGUUAAAGACGUCGUUCCAAAUUCCAUGUACCCGCCGUACGACGGCGAUUACAUGUACACCCUAGUUCACGAUUCCCUUGGGAAUAAUAAAUCGAAAUUACGACAUCGGCGAGAGAAAGGACAGCCAUCCUACAGCGAGUCGGACUCCGACUGGAGUUCUCCGGAACGACAAAGGACGAUAGAUCUCCUGGGUAAAGUUAACAAAAAGUCGUCGACGCACAAACGAAUACGCAAAAAACGCACCGCUAUACCAGUCGCAACCCCGAAAGUACCGACAUUAGCGAGUUUAGGGAGCGGCGAGGGUAUCACAGGACUGAAUUACACGAUGAAAGAGGAUAAAAAUUGGCGACACGACACGAUGGAAAGAGUUUCCAGCGGAAUUUCCGACAGCUCAGAGUCGAGCGAUCCGGAACACACGUCGAGGUCUCGACCCAAACAGCACAAAACAGCCGGUGUGGGUUUCAGGAAACGAUUUGGAAACUCCACUUCGCAGCAGCAGUAUUUGGCGGCGACGUUGCAACACCAAUUCAAUAUCAAACACAUGUCGCAAGACAUCCUAAACGCUGCUUACAAACAGAGGAUAGACAACGCCUACGGAACCAUUCCAGACGACGAGUCUAGCUUAGAAGUAUCCUCGCCGAGGGAAAUCAAUUCUCCUAGUUUUGGUAUCCUGACAAAAGGAAAGGAUUGCGACAAGUUGGCGAGAAAAAAAGACAAGCAGAAGGCCAAGGAGGAUGAGAAAUUGGAGAAGCGUAGGCAAAAGGAGGAGAAGUUGAAGAAGAGCGCGGAGAAGGAGAAAGAGAGGGAAAAGAAGAAGCAGCAAAAGCAGAAGAACUCCAAGGGCGGAUCAGGGGGAACGAUAUCCGGGCAAUCGCAGCAGCAACUCCUUAUCGAAGACUUCGCUCAAAGCGAGACCAACCGGAUUCCGCUCUUCCUCGAGAAAUGCGUCCAAUUUAUCGAAGACGAAGGACUCGACUCCGAGGGGAUUUACAGAGUUCCUGGCAACAGGGCUCACGUGGAACUCCUCUUUCAGAAAUUCGAGGAAGACGGCAAUAUAGACAUCCAUUCCUUGGACAUUCCGGUAAACGCGGUUGCGACCGCACUCAAAGAUUUCUUUUCCAAAAGGCUACCGCCUCUCAUCGACAAAGAACGAAUGAGCGAGCUCGAGGAUAUUUCCGGUGCUCGUGGCAUCAGCAAACCGAUGUCGGCGACCUGCAUGAACAUGGAAGACCGGAGCGGAAGGCUACUAGCCCUUCGUCACAUGCUUAAGAAACUAAAUCUGAUAAACUUCGACGUUCUAAAGUACAUUUUCCAGCAUUUUGUUAAGGUGGCGGAGAACUGCAAGUUGAACAGCAUGGACAGUAAAAAUUUAGCAAUUUGUUGGUGGCCAACGUUAUUGCCGAUUGAAUUCAACGACAUGGGGAGGUUCGAGGCGAUGAGGCCGUACUUGGAGGACGUAGUUCAGACGAUGAUCGACCAAUACCCAUUUUUAUUUUGCGGAAAAGAAGCUAUCGUAAUGGUUUAGUGACCAUUCGAAUGAUUGAAACAAAAACAACAAAAAAAAAAGAAAAAAAUCGUACGAAUAAAAUUGAAAAUAAAUUUAAAAAUCUCGUCGAAAUACGUAAAUUGUAAGCGGUGAGAUCGUGUAACAGUUAGUUUGUGUAAAAAGUACUAUAAAAAAAAAAAAAAAUAAGAAAAACCAACAAAAAAAAAUAAUAAAAAUAAUGAAUUAUCGUAUGCUUUAAAAUUGUUUGCAAAACUAUUCAAUAAUCUGUGGACUAAAUAUCUAAUAUCGAGAUCGAAGCUGCGGUUAAUCUUUCGACGAAACCAUCGUAUCUUCAUUGUGACUAAAAUUUUAUAAAGGUAUUCCUCUUCGUGCCCGAUGGGGUGAAAAAGAAAAUAAGGUAAAAUAUAAAACAUAAUACGAUAAUCAAAAACGCUGAACACAUUUUGCUGUGCAGGUUUCAGGGGACUACUGAUUAGCGAAUGAAAAAAAAAAACAAAAAAUAAGCAAGAAAAAAAAAACAACAAAACUCACAAAAAAAAAAAAUAUUCAUGUUAUUCAGAAAAAGUAGUGGGUCUGAUUUUUUAUAAGUAAAUAAGUGUAUGUAUGUUUUUAUCGACGAAAGAAAGAAAUGAACGGUUCUUUCGGGACUCUUGUUACAUGAAUGUUGUCCAUAAUUAGAUAAAUUGCAAGUGUUUCGCUGGGAUUUUCUGAAUAAGUAUUUCGAAUGUUGAUAAUGAAAUAAGUAAUCCCAAAAAGAGGUGUCACUUUUGGAGUCCCCUUGACCGAUCGUUUUGAUAAUCGAAGUUUACUAGAUUUACGCAGCUUUUUGUAGAAUUUCAAGUUUGUACGUAUAGAAAAAAAAGCUAAAACGAAAGAGGAUAAGAAAGAAAAAAAAAGAGAAAAAGGAAAAACUUAAAAAAAUUAUUCAAUUUUUCAAGCUUUUCAUGUUGAAUGUAUAUCUACGGAUUGCUUAUUAUACCUAGGAAUAUAGAUCGACGUGCGAAUAGAAGAGCUCGAAUUCCUAAUCGACGAGCUUUGACUUUUAAUAUAGAAUUAUUGUCAUCACCGCUUAAUUUGCUUCGUAAAACAAAAAAAAAACAAAAACAUAUAUAUAUAUCCACACGUAUUUCUUCCGUCACCGAAUCCGACAACGUUUCUAUAACGAAAUGAGAAAUCAACAUUUUCGGCAAUCAAACUUACAAAUGCAAAAAUAAAAAAUUGAUCAAAUAAAGCAAAUAACACAUUAAAAAAUUGAGAAAAAAUUGAAAAAUAAAAAAAAAAAAAAAAAUACACUUUACUGUCCGUGUGUAAAAUUUAUUCAAUCGACAAUAAUUGACAAUGAUUAUGUUUUAGACCUCAUGUGACUUUUGAUUAAUUUUUUAAUUAUUAAUUUAUUUCUCUAUACACCUUAAAUUACUUUCCAUCGUUUUGACAAUGAGCCUGAAACCUUGGAAAAUGAGAUUAAAAAUUGAACAAAAAAAAGAGAAAAACGCACGGUUAUUUCUAACAGUAUUAUUAGAUUUUCUUUUUCUUUUUUUUUUUCAUUUUUUCGUAACGUUCUAAAAUUUCCUACAAUUUCAUAUAAUAAGCGUACACACCCUACUGUACGUUAUGUACGUCUUAUACGUACGGGCGUAUUAAACUAUUCCGUAAUAUUUACGUGUCUACCUUCUAAAUAUAUAAAGUACCUACAUGAAUCGUGAUCAUCGUUGAUUAGCCCGCGAAUUUUUUUAAAUUAAUCAAAUAAGAUUUUAUACAUUCGUACAUUCGUAUAUAUAUAGAUACAUUAAAUAUAAUAAUUUUUAAAUUUAUAAUAUUACCACUUAAAUUUAGUACUAAUUAAAAAUUAUAAUAAUAAUUAUUAUAAAAACAACAACAAUAAUAAUAAUAAUAAAAAUAUUAAUAAUAUUAACGAUGAAGUAAGAAUUACAGGAUAUCUAAAGUAAUGAUAAUAAUCAUAGAAAUGGUAAGAAUAAUUGUUUAUAAUAAAAGGCGUUUGCUUAAACGUUGACUGUGCGGUAUUAACAUAUGCCAUAGAAUAUCUGAUCGUCGGAGAAGAAAAACCAAGAGAAAAAUAAUUAAAAAAAAAAAUGUUGAACCAAUAAAAACCACAAACAAUUGCAAAAAAUCACAACGAGUCGAGUCAAGAUACUUUAAUGAUUAUCACGUAUAUAUGUUCAAGAAUUGAGAAAAAUGCUAUUGAUCGUUGCUUAGUAUGAAAAGAGAAGAAAAGGAAAAGAAAAUUUCCGAAAGGAAAAGAAAUGAAAGAAAACGGCACUAUAUAUUAUAUGAAUAAAAACUCGUAUUACAUUAUAUGUAUAGAUACAUGUGUUAUAUGAAAAUCAUCAUAUUUGUACAGAGAACGGAGGAGAAAAAAAAAAAAAUGAAAAAACUUACGAAAAGUAAAAAAAAAAAAAGAAACAACCGUGUGUAGACUAGUCAGAUUUUCUUCCUAAUUUCUGCUAUGCAUUAACAUACCUAAUAUAUAUAUUUAAUAAGUUAGCGUAGAGUUGAUAACAAUAACGAUGAAAAGAAAUAUAAAAAUAAGACGAAGAGAGGAAGAAGAAGAAAGAAAAUAUUACGAGUGAAAGAAAACGAGACGUAACAAUAAAGAAAAGAAAAAUGAUUAAGGGAAAACGAACAAACAUAAUCUCGAAAACAUUCCAAUUUCCGGUAUACUUUCGAUUUCUCUGGCUCUCUUUUUCUUUAAUUUUCUUUCCUCCCUUUUUUGUUAUUUUAUUUCACUUAACUUUAUUUUAUUAUAUUAUUGGUUUUCCGAAUUACUGUACAAGUGUGCGAAAUGCUAGGCGUGCGUGUGUGUCUGUAAAUUUAUAAUUUAUAUAUAUAUAAAUAUACGUAUAUAUUGUAUGUGUUAAUUAUAGUGCUUAUUUCAGAUAUAUAGUAUAUCAAGAUUAUUUGUCUUUUAUUUUUAUAAUAAUUCGCAUAAUAGAUGUAAUUAUUUUGUUCAAUUUUAUUAGACUGAUUGUGCUUAGACGUUUAUUAAAUUUAUUUUAAUUUAACAAACAUUAAUGAUGAUAAUAAUAAUAAUAAUUCUUCCAAGCUGUCGCUGAUAUCGUUGUUGUUGUUGUUGCUCUUAUUGUUUUUUGUUGUUCCUCUUGUUGAAUUUCCGUGUUCCUGUAAUUUCUCUCUUUGUCUUUUUUUUUUCUUCGUUCACGAAAGAGAAAAGUUGAAAAUCAAAAACCGAGAAUUAGAUUUUCUUCAAUAUUUUCAAACGUACCUCAUCGGAAUAAGUGGUAGCGCAAUCGAUGUAAUUGAAUUUGAUUUUUAUUGAUUCUUGAAAAAAAAAAAGAAACUAGCAAUUGAUGUCCGCCCAUCUCUAACAGCUGUAAUUAUGUUCUUCUUCCUGACUAUUUUAUUUGAAUUUUAUUAAAAGUUCAUCGCUCGUCGAGAUGAAAAAAUUGAAAUAGAUAUUACGUAUAAUUAAACGCUGCAUUCGUGACGCGCGGUAUGAAUUAUCAUACCGUAAUUUACAUGUAAUUAUAUAUAGUAAAUAAAAUAAAUGUGAUUAUCAAACGAUUCGUCGAAAGAUAAAUAUCAGCGAAAAUUAGUUCGUUUUCGAGUGCAUAUAUGAAUAUAUUGUUUUAUAUAUACAAUAACUGCUUGGACUGUUAUAGGUAUAAUAAUAAAUAUAAAAAAAAAAAAACAACAAAAAAUGAUGUACGUUUUUAUUAACCAAAAAAAAAAUAAAAAAAUUAAGCAAAGAUCAUCGAUCGAUCUGGUCUCUAGAUACAAGAUACAUUCGAAACACGCACCGAUAUGUCGUCAGAACAUAGGAGGAGAGAAUUAGAAAAUGGAAAAAAUGAUAUUAACAAAUUGAAUCAAUGUUACGAUUAUAAAUUAUAUGCAAUAUAAGACUAUGUAUUGUAUGAUAUAAUUUCCAAAAAACAACUAAGACAAAUUAUGUAAUCAAUUCGAACGGUAACACGUACCUAGGGUGAUAUCGAAUUGUAUUGUAAAUUGAAUAAAUAAUCGAUGGUGGAAGUAUGGAAAAACAAAAUGGCGAUUACCCCGAGGGAGAAAAUAGAAGAAGAAAAAAGAAACCGAAUAAUAAAAUACCAAAUCUUAUGAUAAUAUCGUAAUAUUCGUAAGUCGGACAUACAUAAACGCACAUUCAUACAUGAUAUUUAUAAAUAAAUGAUAAAAAUAGUAACGAUAAUAAUAACGAUAAUUUAUAGAUAGAAUAAUUGUAUCACCCGAAAUACGAUGAUUCUAAUUGUACCAUAUAUAGGUAUAUAUACAUAUAACAUUAUUUAUAUAUCUUUAUAUACCUAUGUUAUGCUUUUUGAUGUGUAUAUAAUAAUUGUUGCUACCAUGCCGCUGAUGGAUGCCGCGCCGCUUAUACGUUUGUAAGCCUAAAUGUAUAUUCGUAAUUUUAUUGAAUUUUAUUUUAUCAUAUUCUACAAUUUUACUACAAAUAAUACAGGUUAACAUGUAGUCAUACACACUAAUAUAAGAACACUUAACGCGACGGUGAAAAUUUCUUUUUCUAAUAUAAAGUGAUUCAUCCGCA